ACAGGAAGAAAACGAAGGCAUGGCUGUGGAUAUGUCCCCUUGAAGACAUCUUUUCUUUUAUAUACAUGUAAAAUAUAAGGUUAUAAAUAUAUAAGUGUGUAGUGUAGAGUGCGCGAUGGCGACGUGGAGCUGUCGGUUUCUUCUUCUGCGGGGAACUGGAGUCAUUUCUCUCCGAGCAGCAGCUGAAAGCCCUGUCCAGUCACUGGGUUGUGUUAGGACAGUAAAGACCACAACAUGGUUUGAAGAGCACCUCACAGAGGACAACCAGAGGUACAUGAGGAAGAGCAUUGCACAGGAAUUCAGAAAACAGACUGCUGAAAAGCUCAACCCACUCAAAGAUGAACCCUGGCCGCGAAAUGAGUGGACAGAGGGAAGUCGAAGAGUUGGGUUAGUAGCAGUGAAGUUGGGGAUGGCUCCUGUCUGGACAAAAACAGGAGAAAGAUUUCCAGUCACGAUGCUGCAGGUUCAGGACUGCCACGUAUUAAAGCACCUGUCUAAAGAAGAAUAUGACGGAGACACUGCUGCUCUUAUUGUUGGAGGAAAAAACGUAUCGCCAUUCCAAAGGUCUGAAAAACAACUGGAGAUGUUCAGGAAUGCAGGCGUGCCUCCAAAACAGAAAGUCACCGUCUUUAAAGUCACAGACAAUGCCCUCAUCAAGCCAGGCACUCCUAUCUAUGCAGCACAUUUCCGUCCAGGCCAAUAUGUGGACGUCACAGCCAAAUCCAUUGGUAAAGGUUUUCAAGGUGUAAUGAAGCGAUGGGGUUUCAAAGGUCAGCCAGCCACCCACGGCCAAACCAAAACUCAUCGUAGACCAGGAGCUUCUGGACCUGGAGGAGAUCCAGCCAAAGUUUUCAAAGGAAAGAAAAUGCCCGGCAGAAUGGGGAACACCUACAUCACAGCUUUUGGACUGAAGAUUUGGAGGGUCAAUACAACCUAUAAUGUGCUGUAUGUUCACGGCUCUGUCCCUGGCCACAGGAACUGCUUACUGAAGGUGAGGGACACAGUGAUGCCAACCAGGAGCUCCACCCUGCUCAACCCUCCUUUCCCCACCUAUUUCACAGAAGAGGAAGUCGACCUUGAUGAAGACCUCUACGAUGAUGACCUGUUUGUUCACACAGAGCCAUCAAUAACCCUCACCUGACCACACAAUACACACACACACACCACACGUUCAUACCUAAACCUGCUAACUGUAUCUGGAUCCUGUAAUAAAAUCUAAUU